AUUUUUAUUUGAUAAAGUGAGUAUUUUUUUUAUUUUAAAUCUUGCAAAUUGUUUUAAAUAUGUUCUCUUAGUUUGAAAACUACAUUUUAGGUUGUUUUACAGUUUAUAAUGUUGAUUGUAUUGUAGAAGAGAUUUAUCAAGUAUGUAAUAUCCACAGUAACUAGUUUAUUAAUAUUCGCCUAUCAUGUAGAACAUUUUUUCCGAACAAGAUAGGUAGGUAGACUUAAAGCUGUGUCUCCCAAGAUCAUAUCAUGCCACUCAUCUUGGACUAUUUAUGAUAUUUCUAAGUGCUGCUGAAAACAGUUUUUAAUGGAAAAGUCGUGUUUUUUCUUAAUGAAUAUAGAAAUUGACACAAAUAACUGACUACACAGUUAGUCCUAUUUUAUCCCUGAAAGUACUCGGCCAAGGAAAAAAAAUUGGUGUUCAACAAAAAUUAUUAUUUUUUUUUGUUAAGCUAAGUGCAUCUUAAAUUUUUAUUAUUUGAUUCCACUUGCAUUAUGAAAAGAAAAUUAAAAAAGCAACCCCCGAGGAAAAAGAAAAGUAAUAUUGGAGCAGAUCUGAAUCACAAAAUAGAAGAUGUUUUCUACACGUGUGACAUUUGCAAAACAGCUAAGCCUAAGUUUUCUUGCUAUAGAGCAUAUUUGCAUAAUCACUAUGCUGAUAGUGUUAAAAAAUGUUAUAAUUCUAGUGAUCCCGCAUGUGAUUCACCUCGUGGGCGGACGAAAAUAAUAAAACUGGAUGACUAUGAAAAACAUUUAAAGAAAACUGAUCAUAACUUCUAUUGUUUAUCACUUGAAGAAAAUAGCAAUGAAACUAUCGCAAAGUUUCCUAAAAUUGAAAGUGUUUUUUCUCUUGCUGAUCAAAAUUCUUUAGACUUUCAAAGUCAGGCUAGUUUUUCUCCUAAAAUUAUUAACAGUUUUUCUGUGAGCUUGGAAAAUGCCAAUUCACUGUAUGAGUGUGGUUCAAAUGGUACCUGCGUGGUAUCAGAAGACCCGUUGCUUUCAUAUCCUUUGGAAGCAAAAGUGCAUGAGAAAGAAUUUAAAAAUAAUGAAUCGGUUUGUGAUACUCAGCCCUUUAUGAAAAAUAUAUCCUCAGAUUCCAGAUCUUUUUCAAUUGAAAAGUCUAUUCAAUCUAGCAAAAUUAAAGCAGAGCUUUUUGCAAAUGAUAAAAUGGCUAGUUCCAUGGAAUUGAAAUGCCACUCAGUUUUAUUAAAUGAAAAGAUGAAGUGUGCAAUACAAUGUUCUACGUGUGGUCAUUCAUCCAAUUAUUGCCCUUAUGAGAAUAUGCACAAAUCUUGCGUGAGUAAAAGCAGUACAGAUUUAUCUUUAGAUUCAAAUUGCCUGUGUUACCAUAAUAAAUGUGGUAGUUUAAAGAAGACAGAAAAUAGUACAAAUCAAACACUUGACUAUUUUAAAUCCACAUGCAUUUCAGAAGUUUGUAAUGUUAGGAAGGACUUUAAAAACAUAAGUUCUAAUAUGGAUUUUGAUAUUAUCAAUUGUGAACUGACAUCUGAUAGCACUAAGAAGGAGGCAAAUUAUGAAAAAUAUAGUUUUCAUCUUGAACACAAUGUAAAUUCCAUAAAUAAAGGAGAUUUAAAGCUACCAAUUUCAGACUUCACAUUGCAAGAUACAAAUAUGGCAAAUUUAGAAUCGCCAACUCCCAACCAUACACAUUGCCAUAAAAAUUUGGACAGAAAUGGGAUAAGCAAAAUUCCUGAAUUGGUUGCACAAAUUAGUUACAACUGUUUUGCACCAUAUAAAAUAUGUGAAGAGGCUGCGAAUAGUAAAGUUGGUGUAUCUAAUCAAUCUGGUGCUAAAAAUGCUUUUAAUCAUAUGUCACCUUUACUUAGGACUAAACACACUAAGAUGCCAGUAUUAGUAUCUACAGGUAAUCGUGAAAAGUCUUCAUUAAAUGGCAAAUAUGGAGACUGCGAUAAAAGUGCAAGUGAAGAAGUUAAGUUGAUUGAAGAUCCCAAUUCAAAACCUCAUUUUUAUUUUGAUCAAAGAUCAAAGUUUGUUUGUGCUGAAUGUUAUUCUUCAGUUAACAAAUGUGAUAUAUCCACCCAUUAUAAAGAGCAUGGUUAUGUUUCUAAUGUUUAUAACAUUUACGAUUUGAUCUCUUCCAAGCAUUGAUACUUGAAACUUAUAUACAUAAGGGUUGCCCAGAUGGAAAAUGAAAAAGUGUGAUACUGUACAAAAUACAGCUACGAUAACACUGCCGCAAUUUAGGGUUUUAAAAGUGCAUUCAAAACUUCUUUUAACUGGUCAACUUGAGAACCUUUAAAGUGAAUGUAAAGUGGUUAUUUUGACAAUAGCAGAAUUAUAUUUAUUUGAGAUCAAAAUUUGUGUUUACCCUUGGAUCCAAUUUUAAUGUAUUUGUUCACAAAAACUAAAACAUCAAAUAUUAAUAACUAUUUUUCUUAGACAGUCUUCGACAAAGCAACAACUAUUCCAAUGUUUAAAUUAAGGUUACCUCAAAAAAUCAUACUUGAAAACUCAUACUAUAUUUUGAUUGCAUCCAUCAUUGCAUUUGCUUAAAAUACACACAGGCUAGCUAAUGAGUUAUACGCAGUUUGCAAUGCAAUCCUCUUACCUGAAUUUAUAUUCCAAGAGUGACAAUGCUAUGGCUACUGCAUUUCUGACUAUCACAUAUCUCAACCUUUCCUUUGGGCAACCCUUAUAUCUAGUCAAUACUGAGCAAAAAAUUCCAGUACUGUCGAAAAAUGUUUUUAAUGCCAUAAGUUGCGACAUGUUUUUACUCUUAAUAUCUUCAUAGUA